GGGAGAAUGCCCUCAGGCUCUACAAACAGGGCGACUUUGAAACCAGCAUUGCAAUCGGAUCCCACCCUUCCUGGCUACUAUCGCAUCAAGAAUCAUCUUCUUAUUGCUAGCCUCUGCGAUUCCUGGGACGAGGCCGAUGAACACAUCGAGGCUGCCGAGGUUCAGUACGCUCUCUGCAUGAAGGACGCGCGAGCGCGGGAGGAUGCAAACGCUCUAAAGGCACUGGAGAAAUUGCGUGCAGAAUUUGACAUGUUGAAAGAGCUGAGGCGGGAGUAUCUGAUGGCACAGGGUGUAUACGAAGGUGUUGUCGAUGAAUCUCCGUAUGACACGUCCGACUCUGAGGAUGCGGAACAAGAGGAGGCUGAAGCCGAGGACUUGGUUGGUUUCGAGGACUCCAAGGCCGUUUCCCAGGCUGAGAACGAACGUGAGGUGAUUGCCGAUACCAUGCGCCUUCCCAUCCGCACAACCACCAACGAAGACAUCGACAAGCCCGGGAAGAUCGCACCCGCCAUCAACGUCGUCGCACCGCCCGAGCCUACCGCCACGGUUGAAGCGCCGAAAGCUCAAGGCACCUAGAAGCUGCGCAGGAAGAAGAGCGAGAGAUUUAGAGGUGGUGCCAAGCAUGCACAUGCAUUUUCUCGGUCACUUGCAAAACAGGCCAGCUUCUCCCGUGGCAGUGUGUUGGACGUGAACUGGGAAAGGGAGGAGGAAAAGAAGUGAAGAACAGAGUGGUAUAGCUCUGGGCACAGCACUUAUUAUCGGUUAUGCCACCAAUGUAGAAUAUGAAAAACCCUCAUGACUAU